AUGAAUGGUAUUGCCACAACAGAGAGAAAAAAACGAUCAAGAAAAGCUGCUUUUUAUGCAACAGAAAAGCCUGUUAUAAGUUCUAAUAAUGAAGUUGUAUUUAAUUGUCAAGCAGUAUUACCUCCUUGUUCUAUAACAUACUUAUUAGACACCAAUGGAAGUGUUGAAAUUGGAUCAAGUGGAAGAGGAGAUAAUUUUGAUGGGAUUCAAGACAUUGAAUUAAUUAAACAUGAAUAUCAACCAUCAAAACGAUAUGAAAUUGGUAUUUCUCAAACAAUUGGUAAAAAUGAUCGUAUGCAAGAUACUGCAAAUGUAUUAGGUGAAUUAUUUCCAAAUAUUGAUAUAAUUGGGAUUUUUGAUGGACAUAAUGGAGAAGAAGCUGCAAGAUAUUGUUUAAUAUCAAUGAAAAAUGAAUUUAAUUGUUUAAAUCCAAAAGAUUGUGAACAUCAAUUACCACAAAUAUUUGAAUCAAUUCAUAAUAAUAUUUCAUCACAAACAAUCAGUGGAACAACAGCAUCUAUUUGUAUUAUUCGUUCAGAUGAUGUUGUUUUAGCUCAUGUUGGUGACUCACCUAUUUAUUUUUAUGAAAAUGGUCAUUUGACUAGAAUGACACAAAAUCAUUCUGCUACAUUUGAAAAAGAACGAAUCAUUGCAUCAGGUGGAAAAGUAAUAAACAUUAAAGGGGUUGAUCGUGUUAAUGGUCAAAUAAAUCUUUCUCGUUCUCUUGGAGAUAAACUUCUACAACCACCAUUAACUUAUAAACCUGAUAUAUCAAUUCAUUCUCUUUCAAUGAAAUAUAUUGUGAUUGUAACUGAUGGAGUAACUGAUUCACUAUCAGAUAGUGAAAUGGAAAUAAUCUUAUCACAACCAUUAUCUCCAGACCAAAUAGCUGCUACAAUAAGAAAUAAUGCUUUUAUUAAUGGAAGUGUUGAUAAUAUCUCUGUUAUUGUAAUUCAAAUUAUAUAA